AUAAUCUAUAAUAGAAGCCCCGCCACCUUCAAGAUCUAUAUACACCAUAGCUAGUAUACACCAUAUAUACCAUAUACACCGUGUACGCCAUACCCGCUUAGUACCUAUUUAGUUUAGCAAUAGCUACACUUGAUCAUUUUUGCCUCUCUUUUUCUUAUUCCAGCGUCUUUUCUGACCCAGUCGGUUAUCUGUACACCCGAUGCGCCGUCCAUAGGCGAGCGAUGGGUUCUCUUGACGCUUCCAAGGAUGGGUUGACCGUGCUGGUCACCGGCUUCGGGCCUUUCAAGGUGCAGUAUCCUGUAAAUCCGGCUUGGGAGAUCACCGCAUCUUUGCCGGAUUACCUGCCACCCGACCGGGUAAAGGAUCCCGCCCGCCAAGCCGCUUCAAGCCUGCCUCCGGUCAGGAUUUUGAAGGAGGGGCCGGUCCGCGUCAACUAUGAAGUCGCCAGGGAGUUGGUGCCCACGCUUUGGGACGAUCCUGCACAGAAAAUCGAUUAUGUCAUUCAUAUAGGAAUGGCAGGCCCGCAACCGGUCUAUUCUAUCGAGAGGCGUGGGCACCGCGAUGGAUACGACAAGCCUGAUGUCGACGGCCAGCUUCUCGGGGAUGAACAGAGACGCAAGCGUGAGGGCGACAAAUGGAUAUGGCACGAUGUUCCCCCCGAGCUUCUAACUGACUUAGAUAUCGAAGAGAUAUAUGAGAGAUGGAUUGAGCGUAGUCCGGACAAUAUCAGGCUACAGCUUUCCGAGGAUGCUGGGCAUUAUCUAUGCGACUUCAUUUACUUUUCAAGUUUGGCCCACCUGUACAAGCAGCAAAGGCCUAGGAAGGUAAUAUUCUUCCACGUUCCCUUGAAUCCCGACGAGGAGUCCCUCGGGCGCGGAAAGGAGCUUGCCUUGCAAUUGAUUAGGUCCAUAUGUGAAGUUGGGCUCAAAAAGGAGCCCCUCGGUUAGAAUAAUGUUUCCGGUGAGAAAACCUUGGCCUAUCAUAUAAGAUGGCAUAUGUGUGUACCUAACAACAGAUAUAUAUAUACCUAUUUAUAAGUCGAUAAAUGAUUUGUUUUGGUCGUCGCUUCAUGUAGAUAUCUUUCAUCGAUAAGAAAUUGCCGGUCUCC